GAGAUGGGCUGCGUUAAAAUGGAAUAGCAUGCAUACAUUGACAGCUGGGUGAGAGAGGACUCUGAUACAGGAGCUCUGUUUAACGUCAUCAAGCCUUUAUUAACGUCAAGUCUUUAUUUCGCGCGCGUCACGUUUCCAUGGCGUCAAUUUCAAUGGAGCCAAUGUAUUCCAAGGAUUUAUGGAGCACUCCACAUCUGAAGAGCGGAAGUAGAUGGAACAUUCCUGUGACUUCGAAAAGAUCCUUUGAUUCUUCAAAAUGUCAGAGAGACCAAUUUUCGAACCUUUCAGGGAAAAUACGUCUCAUCAUGGAAUCUCUUCCUUUUCUGCUGGCGGCUGUGUUCUUUGCCAAAUUGAGGCCAGAGCCCAGUGUGUCCAGCCAUCCCCACACCUCGCCCUUCUCCCUGGGUAAUCGUGAGCUCACCACUGUGUCCCUGAAAGUGGCAGAGGAUAGCCCGCUAUGCCACAAGCCCAGAGUGAUCCUCACCCCUCAGCGCAGCAGUGCCCGCUUCGGAGUGCCCAGCCACAGCCCUUUCUUCUGUAGGAACAACCCCCACCCACAGAGGGUCAGGCACAUCAAGGGUAUCAAUGACAAACAAAUCUGUGCUGUCAAUGAUGUCACCUUUGGCCAGUUUCCCCAGUACUGCUUGGGCAGGGUCCUGACCCUUGAGAAGAAUCUGGUAUUGCAGUCAAACAUACCGACGGCGGCCAUCGGCACCAACAGCACCUACCUCCCUAUUGACGUCCUCACGGGCCUCCAGUUCUUCCCCCUGAAGCAGACGGAUUCCCCCUCUCUGAGGUUAUUGACCGAGGCCUGGCGUGAGGAGUUGCGAGAGUUGACAGAGAGGGCAGGGCUUUUGGGACCAGGUGGAAGAGGCAGUGGUGUCCCCUUCUUCCCCCACUCCAGCUGUGUGUCAGCCCUCGGGGGGUCUAGACAUGACAGAGAGGGGAACCUUAAACUACAGCUGAUGGUGAUUGAUAUGUUGUGUCAGAUACUGCAAACUGAGUCUAUAGGGGAUGUCCAGCAAUGGAUUCUGACAGCUGGUCAAAGAGAAAAGGACCAGGUUCUAAGUCUGCUGUCUUCCGCCCUGGCAAAGGACCCUGUCUCAGCCUAUGAGGCUCCGGGAAGAGAGCAGCUGACAGUGAAGGAGGUUAAAAACCUCCCUCCUGCCUCCAGAAUGGUUUCGAUCAGUGAGGAGGAUACCACCAGAUGUCAUUCCCUAGAAAUUAUGUCAAACUGUGACUCAGGUAAACUGGAGGAUGCAGGCACAGAGAGGGCAGAGUCCAAGACCCCCAGGGAGAGACACAUUGCCAGACCCCUGAGUACCCAGAGGACCCUGGGAAGCCCAACCGUGUGUCACCUCAACCAAAAGGUGGUCCUAUGUUACACCAAGCGGGCCCUGAUGCUUCACACACCACCUGGAGUGUUCCAGGCCGAAUGGCCCAACUAUACCCAGCAGGCACCUGGCUCACUCGUGACAUAAAACACAACUCUUGGCAAUAUACCUGGGGUUGGUUCAGGAAGUUCCAACGUCACUGAGCAUUCAGAUAGAAAUGUAUGAUGUAGAAUAGAUACCAUUGUCUGUCAUGUUGAAUAAGUUAUUGUAUCAGCUCUAGUGAUUCUAUUCAUAUCUGCAACACUCUGAACGUUGUGCCCUAAUGAAUGAACUUCUCCUGUGCAUCUCAAUAGACCUCUUAUUCAGCAAUCGGUAGUCAUUUUGGUACUAAUUUUAUUCUGAUUUGGUUUGAAUUAGAUUUUGAAUUAGUGUUUCAUUGAGGUGAAAAGGGAGUUAAAAUGGGAUUUGAGUGUAAUCAUUAGUUACAACAAUACUUUUUACACUGUAAUAACAUAAGUAGUUACACAGUAAUAAUGGCAAUGUAACGUAAGUGUAACCACAUACUGCUCCACUACUAGUAUUUCUAGACUGACAAUUGUUCACACAAAUAGAAUAACAUCAUCUGAAAGAAUAUAAAGACAAUAGGAUCCGUAGUCAAUAUAUCUGUAUAUUUAUCUCACUUAUUUCCUGAAUGCAUGAAAAAAUAAAGUGAAUCAAUGAA